AUGGACGUUACACCUCCCGUUCUUGUUGCUGAUAGCUCCCCGGCGUUGCCUGUGCUUUCUGUGCCUGUGCAAGUAGCGGCCCCCGUGCCUGCUCCGCCGGCUGUUGAUGAACUUGGGCUACCGAUUGUGUCUGACCCCGUACCGGCAGCUGUAACGCUGUCCGUAUCGGAACCUGUUCCCGAGGCUGCUCCCUCUGUUGUGCCUAAGAAUGUGUCCGAUGCUGCCACCGUUGUUGUUGACCGUGAGGAGCGUCUUGACGCCCCCGCGGAACCCAAACCGCGUAGGGAACGGCCGACUGAGAGGGCUGACAACGUGACUCGCAUUCGCAGCGCUAGUAUUUCGGGUGUUUCUUCUCGUAAAGCGCGAACGCCGUCCCCGGUGGUGACUUGCGUCCCACCCUACAAGUCCUCCUCUAAACAGAAAAAGUUGCAACGGGCCUCGCAGCGCGCAGUUGUUGACUCGCGGCAGGCGUCGGCUUCCGAUCGCCGUCGGCAGCGGCCUGCCCCUUGCAGUCAGCCUGCGGCGUCCGUGAGUUCCGCGGAAUCCAAGCGGGACGAGAAAGUUCGUCAGCUUAAGGUUUUGCUUACUCAAACGGCACCUGUCGUGGCAAGCGAUAUGGCGAUGGACGUUGUUUCGAGCGUGUCGCCUGCACAUUUGGCAGGCAAACGCAAAUCGGACGACUCACAUUGCCGUCGCAUCCGGCCGCCCUCACAGGAGUCUGGAUCUGAUUCUGCCGCCGGCGCUGGACCUGCCACGGCGGCUCCUUCCGGUGCCGCUGUUAGUAUGGGCACGGACGUGGUUCAGCCCCCCGUAUUUUCUAGUGAAAAGUGUGACUGGGCGGCGGAAGUGGAGGUGGGACACGGGUCUGGCCCCGGCGUCGUGUUUGUUCCUGUUUACGCUCCUUCCGGCAGCGACUACGCGGCGCGGCGGCUCUUUUAUGGUCUGGAGCUGUGUGAGGUUUUGCACCGGGACAUGGCAAUAAGCGCAGCCGUCUUCGACACAGGAAACAUUACACGUUUGGCAGCUGUGGGGUUGGAACCCACGCCUCUCAAGAGACUGGUGCCUGAAACCAGCGCCUUAGACCGCUCGGCCACGCUACCUACACAACACGCGCGUCACAAGAGCUGCGUCCUACGCCACGAGAACACACCGCAGCGGCACAAAAGUGAGACGUAA